UUUUCUUUACUCAGACCAUAAGUCCAUUUUUUUGUUAGUAACAAUGUUGAAACUUUAACCUAUUGUUAGUAAAUACAAAUACAAAAAAAAACACACACACACACAAAACAUCCAUCAGUCACUGCUGCCCAGUUCCGUGUGAGACUGCGCAACAGCGACCGAUGUACACACAGUCCAGUCUGCUGGCCACCAUACUCAGGAUGCUGUCGGUGCUGGCCUGCAUCCUGCGCACCAGGGAUGCGCACCGCUUCCACAUAGUAGCGUAGAAGCAAUCUACUUUCGCUUCUGCAAACAUCCCUGAUGCACUACAGAAUCUAGGCAACCCCAUCAGCACCCUGAAUGAGUUGUCAUAUUGGACGCGGAGAGCGCUGAGAGAAAUUAUAAUUGCGAAAAUUGUGGCGCAGUGAUAAAAUGCUUGCCUCUGAACCGAGAGGUCCCGGGUUCGAACCCCAGUCGGGUGAUGGAAAAUGAUUUUUUUCUGAUUGGCCCGGGUCUUGGAUGUUUAUCUAUAUAUGUAUUUGUUAUAAAAUAUAAUAUCGUUGAGUUAGUAUCCCAUAACACAAGUCUCGAACUUACUUUGGGGCUAGCUCAAUCUGUGUGAUUUGUCCUAAUAUAUUUAUUUAUAUUAUUUACCUUUCAUAAAUAAAAAUUAUAAAAAUUUAUGGGUUAAUCAACUUUUACUUGCCUUUGGACAACUGCACUUGGUCCCAGAUUAGUUAAAAGGUAACCAAUACGAAAUUGGUGAAUAUUAUCAUCUAACUAAUAAACUUCAAAAUAAAUCUAUAUACUAGCUUUAAAAAUGAUUUAUUAAUUAUAUUUUUUACCAAAAUAUAACGGUUGUCCGAGUGACAAAUGGGUUGUUUUUAUGUUUAAGUCAGUGUCCCCGGACUACUUUUAUGCACUGAACUCGUCACCGCCGAAAAAAUUUCCUCUAGGACAAUAAAUAUUGCAACACAUAACACACUAUGAAUUUAUUAUGUGUAAGUGAAUCAUAACUAAUAAUUUUUAAAAUCUUUUAUUCUAUCUUUUUUUUUCAAGUUACUCUUGUCCCACAAAAUCGUUUCUUUUUGUAAAUCCAUCGGACAACCACUUUUAAAUUACGAUGCUAAUAUGGAGAUGGCGCUGAAUUAGCGAAUACAACACGUGACUCGAUGUAGUUUACGAUGGUAAAGCAGCAAGUUUGAAAUUGCCAACGCCCCCCGCGUUAGUCGGCCAAACUCUAGAGCGCGGAGUGGGUGUGUUUAUUGUGUGUCCCCCGGACCGGCGUAAAUAUUAGAAUGGGGAUGUCUGCAAAAGAAAAAUCAAGACGCUAUAGAGAGAAGUUGAAAGCAGAUCCGCAGAAAUAUGAAGAACGAAAAAGAAAGAAAAGGGAAAGUUAUCAUAAGAAUAAAAGAUUAGUUUCAGAUUUACAGCCAGAAGAAAAAAAAAUAUGUAGAACUAUUUGGAAACUCAGGAAACAAAAUCAAAGACAACGUAAGAAGGCAAUUGAAAAUAUACUUGCAGAUACACCACCUAGCUCUCCAAUAGUGCUUCAAGAAAUUAACGUACCCCAAGAUUACAAUAAUUGUGAAUGUACUCCACCUGCGAGUCCAAGUUCAAGAGUAUCUACACCUGUGAGUAAGGAAAGAGGAAGAAAGAAAAUUCGCCGUGACAGGACGAAGAUGUAUAAAGAAAAUUUGUGUCUACAACAUGAAACUGAAAUGUGGAAGAAAAAGUAUGAAAAAUAUAAGAAAAGAGCACAUCGCAAAGAAAAAGAAAUUAUUAAGUUAAGAGAAAAGAAAGAAAAAGAAACCGAAAUCGAACGUAAUAAAUACAAGACAUUUAGUAAUGCUAUCAAAGAACAUUACAGCUUAUUAAAAAACCGAAGAAGUGUUCUAGGAAUGGUGACUGUUGGUCAACAGUCACUAUUCCUGGUGACUGUUGGUCAACAGUCACUAUUCCUGGUGACUGUUGGUCAACAGUCACUAUUCCUGGUGACUUUUGCUCAACAGUCACUAUUCCUGGUGACUGUUGGUCAACAGUCACUAUUCCUGGAGUCUUUGCAGAAAUUAGGAAGAACAAUCCACAACAAGGAAUCAAUCACGGCAAUGCAAGCUGUCACAUUGCAGGGGUGA